CAUUACUCAAAUUCAACGGAUGGCCUAUGCUUAAUUGAGCCAUGGAACCCGAAAAAAAUUUGCAAGAUAAAUUUUGCAUCCAAUGUAGUGAAUACUUUGUGCGGGCUAGCCCUCGACAUGAUGCUCACGACCAAGUGCAUUUCAAUACAGAGGGUCAUGUAUCGGAGGAUACGCUGUGUUCCUUGCUGGUGAGCUUAUUCACCGUGUACAGUGACAGGCCAUGCUUGGGAACACCAACGGGAGGUUGUGCUCAGUGGAACUGGGUGUCGUAUGCUCAAGUGAAGAAGCGUGUAAUCUCCUACAUUCGAUUCUUGAGAGGCUCAGAAAGCAUAGAAAUCAAUCGUUUCUUGGUGGCGGCAUUUCCCCAGAAUUGCCUAGAACUGAUUGCAUUUGACUUGGCAGCUGCCCUGCUUGGAACUUGUUCCGUGAUUGCUCAGGGAGCAGAACAUGCACGUGAGAUAGUUUCAGCUCUUGGCGAGGAGAGAUGCGAAAUCAUAAGCGGACCUAUUAAAGAGAAGGUGAAUCCAAGUCAGGCGAACUUUGACUUUGAAGAGUUGUUGUGGACUGGAGGUGACAAGGACGUUUUAUUUUCUCUUUUUGCAACUUCUGGAUCCACUGGUACUCCAAAACUUGUGCGUCGUACUAGAGGAUCGUGGCUGGACACUGUGAGAGACACCGCUCAAUUUGGAGGCCAUUUGUGUAUAACAUUGAACUUUACAUCUUUCGCACAUUCUGCCGCACGCACUGAGUUGUGGUGGAAUCUUGCUUGCGGGGGUCAAACUGCACUGGCAGAUGUUCAUCUAGAGUUGUUGGAUUCACUUGAAGCCCUGUCGCCCACAGAGAUUGCUGCACCUCCUGCUGUUUGGUCAGAAAUUCGAAGUGCACUCCUGAAUCGAGGUGUUUUUGAUUUUGACACCCUGCAGCGAAACAUGGGCAGACUGCUUCAAAACCUCCACACUGUGUCCACUUCAUCAGCAAGCUGUGAACCGGGGCUUUUCAGUUUCUUGGAGAAGGUCUUCGGGAAAAAGAUAAUGGUAUUUGACAACUAUGGUGCAACAGAAGUUGGUUGUAUUGCUUUGAAUGGCAAACAACAGGGUGAGGUUAAGUUGGUGGAAAUCCCUGAGCAAGGCAUUUUUUCUCCGCAAGGAGAAGUUUGCAUCCAGGCUGAUGCAUUUGAGGGCUACUAUGGCCAACAGUUUCAGCAGGAAGGUGUACUGACUGAGGAUGGUUACUACAGAACAGGCGAUAUUGCUGAGAAGACAGAGCUCGGGGAGAUUCGCGUUAUCGGACGAUUGUCAAACAUGGUAAAACUUUCAAAUGGCAAAUUGGAAUCUUUGGACUUUAUAGACAAGCAAAUUAUGCAAACAUUGCAAGCAAAGAUGGCUGAUGUAGAGCAAGUCUGUACUCUUGAAAUCCUUGGCUCCCUAGCUGCUGUUGUUCACAUACCCAGCCAAGAAAUGCCACCACCCUUGUGGAUUCCUUGCAUUCUUGCUCACGAGAAGUUUACGGUUGAGAACGGAAUGCUCACACCGUCCUUAAAACUUUGUCGGCGGAAUAUAUUGGCCAAGCAUGAGGCCGAACUCCGUGCGCUGAUUGAGGAAAGAAACAGCAAGGUGCAUGAGAUACUCUCCUCGGUUGCUUCAUUCAGCGUGAGUGGAAUUGAUGACACUCGGCCCCUUCAAGAAUAUGGUGUAACAUCUGUCCAUGUCGCCAGGAUAGCCUCAAUGCUAGGAAUUCCUGCUUAUCUCAUUUCCGGGGCGUCAACGUUGCGAGACCUCAAUUAUUGUAUUGCCAGCGAUGGAAUGGUGAGAUUUGCACUUGCAGACAUUCAUACCUCGAUUCAGCGAUGGAACACAAGCAGCGGCAUUCCCAACCCUUCUCAAUUCGAUAGUUUUGACACGGCAGGCGAAACUGCAUGGGAAGGACCAUGGCGAAGGGCGGUAGUUACUGGAGCUACUGGGCAAAUUGGUUCGCACUUUGUGAGGCUUUUACAAGACAGAGGCCUGACAGUCAUUCCUGUGGCAUCUUCUUUGGGUCAUGAUAUCAGCAAGCCGCAGUUGGGCAUGAAUGACCAGGUUUACUCUGAUUGCUUGCAAUCUGACGUGAUUGUUCACUGUGCGGCUAUUGUGAAUUGGAAUGCCUCUUAUUCAAGUGUACGAGAGGCAAAUGUCCUGAGUAUUCUAAACCUUGCCAGACUUUGUAUUAGUGGCAAGCCUAAGGCACUGCUCUUUGUAGGAAGCGGUGUUACUUUCCCUGAAGAAGAACCUCACCUUGAGUGGCUUGAGGAGUGUGCAAACCCCUACAUGGUCUCGAAAAUUGCCUCGGAAUUCUUAAUCCGAAAACUUAAUAUUCGGGCUGUGGUGGUGCGAGCGGGCACGAUUGUUUGGCAUUCUGUGACUGGGGCACACAAAUCCUCUGAUGCAUACGUUCAGCUCGUGAAGGCAAUCAUCAGAGACGGUCUUAUUUGGGAUGAUGACGACUUGAUGGAUGGCAUGAAUGUUGACCUUUUCUGUAAGGCAGCUUACACACUUUUUGAGCACCGCAAGAAUGACACGUACAAUCUAUGUGGCACUUACACCCUGUCAGCUCUUAUGCAAUGCUUGCACCUCGAGCCUCGAAGAGUCCCGUACCCUUGUUGGAGAAGGCAGUUGCUGUCGCGCUGCACAGACGACCAUCCUUUGACUCCCCUGCUUCCGCAUAUUGAAGCUGACUCUCCCCCUUUUGUGGCUGACAACUACUUGAAAAAACAUGUCCUAUCGCCAAAAUGCAGGAAGGUCUUGGGUUUGGAGAACUCACAAGAAAUUGUUGCUGCUGGCUACGAAGCCUUUGCCAAAGCCAUGGCAUCUUCAGAAAAAAGAGGGCCGGCAGCAUUCUCCCGCGCACAUUCUAUCAGCAAGACCAGUGAGAGUCAACAGGCUACACAUUGCUGAGCUUUUCAGGUUGGCAAAGAUUGUAGGGCGUGAGAUGAGCAGUGUCCAGAGCUGCAGGAUAAGGUAGCAAGCUUUUGUGAAAAAGUCUUUAUCUGAAUUGAGA